CAGUUCAGUUCAACAGUUCCUACUCCGAUAAGGGUUUAGCGAAGCCAGAGACGAAAAUGGGGGAGCCGCAGAAAACCAAAAAUGUUACCUCAUCGAAACGUAAAGCACCUUCAAAGAAGAAGCCGCCGACGCCACAAGAGCUGAUAGCUCACUACGAAUCGCAAGGCCUCGACUCCAACGCCGCCGCCGCGAAGGUCAUCGACGAUCUUCAGAGGGCGUUGUUCGGAGUCAUAUCCUCCGGCCGCGGCAAAAAGGACAGACUAUUGGCCGAUUCUUCCCGAAAGAUUGAUGCUCUCAACAGCCGCCUCACCAUCCUCGACCUUAAGCUCGACUCCAAGCCUGGAUAUCCCGAAACCUUCGCCAUCGGAAUCGCUUCCGGCGCCGCUAUUAAUGGAAUCGGAGCUGUAAUGCCUCAAAUUCUUGGAAGUCUUAGUCAAAUCUGGAAAUCUGUUGCCUCUGUUACCGAUUCUUCUUCUUCUUGAUUCUCCAUCCUGCCAGACAUGUUUAACAUAUUCAUCAAUAAUGAACAAAGGUAGCUCCCCCACCUUCUCAGCCUCUGUUUUCUUUGUCAGGUUCUAAUUCCAGAUUCCAUUAUUCUUAAGUAGAAACUAGUAUGAAAAUUGUACUUCAUCCUCAAAACUCAAGAUGUUAGGGGUUAGAAUUCAGAGAUUAAAAUAGAGUUUAUGGAUUAAUCUGGUUUAUGAUAUAUUUUUUUCCAGAAAAAAAGUUAAAUUUCGUUGUG